AUGGCAGAUCCUUCUAGCUAUGUCAAUCACGACCGUGACGUCGACCAAGCACUCAUUGCUUUGAAAAAAGGUUGUCAAUUACUUAAGUAUAGUCGGAAAGGGAGGCCUAAGUUUCGCUCUUUCAGGCUUUCGCGGGAUGAAACAACAUUGCUUUGGCUCUCACACGGAGAAGAAAAAAGUUUGAAGUUAUCUACAGUUUCACGACUUCUCCCUGGACAAAGAACUGCUGUUUUUCGAAGAUAUUUACGUCCAGAAAAAGAUUACUUGUCAUUUUCUCUUAUAUAUCACAACGGAGAUAGAUCUCUUGACCUGAUUUGCAAGGACAAAGCAGAGACAGAGGUUUGGUUUACAGGACUUAAGUCUUUAAUUAGAAAAAACCAUAACAAGCAUGCUAGAAGUGAGAUCCCUGAGAUACAUGACAGUGAUAUUGUCUCCACUGGUCGUCCUUCAACUGCAUCAGUAGAAUUUAUACCAAACAAUACUCGCAGAGGAAGAACAUCCAUUGAUUUAGGACCCCGUCACAACUCUCCAAUUCAUCACAGAGACUCAGAUGUCGCUUCGGAACGUGUAAGCAUGCUAAGACCAAGCACUGAUGGUUUUCGGAUUAGUAUCUCAAGUACACCAAGUUGUUCUAGUGGAGGGUCUGGUCCUGAUGACAUUGAGUCUUUAGGUGAUGUUUAUGUCUGGGGUGAAGUUUGGAGUGACGGGGUAUCACUACCACACAAUGGAACCAUGAACUCAAAAACCGUGAGAACUGAUGUACUGAUUCCAAGACCUUUAGAAUCAAACGUUGUUCUUGAUGUUCAUCAGAUUGCUUGCGGCGUAAGGCACAUCUCUCUUGUGACAAGGCAAGGUGAAGUGUUUACAUGGGGAGAAGAAGCUGGGGGAAGGCUUGGACAUGGUAUUCAAGUCGAUGUUAGUCGUCCAAAACUUGUUGAGUUUCUUGCUUUGACCAACGUUGACUUUGUUGCUUGUGGAGAGUAUCAUACUUGUGCUGUAUCCACCGCUGGAGAUUUGUACACUUGGGGAGAUGGAAUCCACAAUGUUGGACUAUUAGGACAUGGUAGUGAUCUUAGUCACUGGAUACCAAAAAGAGUAUCUGGUCCUGUCGAAGGACUUCAGGUCUUGUCUGUCGCUUGUGGCACGUGGCAUUCUGCGCUAGCAACUGCUAAUGGGAAGCUAUUCACUUUUGGUGAUGGAGCGUUUGGUGUUCUUGGACAUGGUGAUAGAGAGAGUGUUUCAUAUCCUAAAGAAGUGAAAAUGUUGAGUGGCCUUAAAACCAUGAAGGUAGCUUGCGGCGUGUGGCAUACAGUGGCUAUAGUGGAGGUUAUCAAUCAGACCGGUACGAGUAUAUCAUCAAGAAAGUUGUUUACAUGGGGUGAUGGUGAUAAAAACAGGUUAGGACAUGGGAACAAAGAGACUUACCUGAUUCCAACUUGUGUCUCUUCACUAAUUGACUACAACUUCCAACAAAUAGCUUGUGGUGAUACAUUGACAGUUGCACUCACUACCUCAGGACAUGUUUUUACCAUGGGAGGAACUUCUUAUGGUCAGCUCGGUAGCUCUAACUCAGAUGGUAAAUUACCUUGUUUAGUUCAAGAUCGAUUGGUCGGUGAAUUCGUUGAAGAAAUCGCUAGUGGAGACCAUCAUGUUGCGGUGUUGACAUCUAGAAAUGAAGUCUUCACUUGGGGAAAAGGCUCUAAUGGAAGACUAGGACAUGGUGACACUGAUGAUCGGAAAACGCCAACAUUAGUUGAAGCUCUAAAAGAGAGGCACGUGAAAAGCAUAUCAUGUGGCUCUAACUUCACGUCAAGCAUAUGCAUCCAUAAGUGGGUCUCUGGAGCUGAUCAAUCAGUUUGCUCCGGUUGUCGUCAACCAUUCGGUUUUACGAGAAAGAGACAUAACUGUUAUAACUGUGGUUUAGUGCACUGUCAUGCUUGUAGUUCCAAGAAAGCUUUGAAGGCAGCACUUGCUCCAACUCCAGGGAAGCCACAUCGAGUAUGUGAUGCUUGUUACGCUAAACUAAAAGCUGGGGAUUAUAUCUCUAAUAACCCUGCUAAUAGAUAUAACACAACUCCUGGCGCGGUACGACCAGUCAGAGAAACAAGGUCGUCAAGGGUGUUAUUGACCCCAAAAACUGAACCAGUCAAGUACUCUGAAGUUAGGUCAUCAAGAUCUGAAUCUUCUAUUGUCAGAUCCUCACAAGUCCCAGCUCUUCAACAACUUAAAGAUGUUGCGUUCCCGAGCUCUCUUAGCGCUAUUCAUAAUGCUUGUAAACCAAAUUUAACAUCAAGAAGAGGAUCAAGCCCUCCACGCACUUCUGGAUUUUCUAGGAGCGUGGUUGAUAAUUUGAAGAAGACAAGCGGUAAAAUAAACCAAGAAAUGACAAAAUUGCAGAGCCAGGUUAGAAAACUGAAACAGAAGUGUGAUAGUCAAGGCGUAGAGAUCCAAAGAUUAAGGAAAACAGCAAGAGAAGCUUCUGAAUUAGCUAUAAGGCAUUCUUCAAAGCAUAAAGCAGCAACAGAGGUCAUGAAAUCUGUGGCUGAACAUUUGAGAGAGUUAAAGGAGAAACUACCCCCUGAAGUAUCUAAAUGUGAAGCUUUUGAGUCUAUGAAUUCUCAAGCUGAAGCCUAUCUAAAUGCGAGCGAAGCAGCUGAAACAUCUCUAGACACAACCCUUUCUGAAAACUCACAUGACCAAAACAUAGAAGAACAAUCAUCAUCUAAUGGAGGUGCCAUGAUGUCUCAAGAACCUUCAAACACAACAAAUAUAAAUCCUCACCCGUCGGAUACAAGGCCACAAACAGAAGCUUCUUCAUCACCAUCAAAAUCAGGAGGCAAGGAGCUUAUCGAACAAUUUGAGCCUGGAGUUUAUGUUACUUAUGUAUUGCACAAAAAUGGUGGGAAGAUCUUUAGAAGAGUUAGAUUCAGUAAACGGAGAUUUGAUGAGCAUCAAGCCGAAGAAUGGUGGAAUAGCAAAAAAGAUAGGCUGCUUAAGAAUUAUAGUCAUCAGGUUUCAUCAUCAAGUCCUAUGGCUACUGAGUCAGUUCCUACACCAUCUUCAGUUCAACCACCAGCUUCGCCUACACAGCCAAAUUCUGAUGAUCAAGGAGGGGGUUCAAAAUAA